AUGAUUUCGCACAGCCUGCAGAAAAAGGUUUUGUCUGCCUGUCAAGCAUGGAGGCUGCUGAGUUCUGUUGUGUUUCACGGCGUCUGCAUGUUUUGCAGCCUGAUAUUGGCAUUGCUGCGAAUUCCUUUUGCUGGUCAAGAAAAUUGUGCCGGAGUGGAAUUCUUUGAAGGCCACGUCACGCACACACGCUCUCAUGAGGCCAGCCACGCUUUUAAGUACCCAGUACGCAUGGCUCUUGUAGACUUAGACACGCCGCCGGACUGGUGGAAAGAGGAGCCAAUUCCACGGCUUUCCGCGAAAGAGGUCAGAGAGGCGCUUGGCGUCACUUCGAGUCGUGUCCGAGUGCUAACUACGCCGAGCAGCGCAGGGUAUCACCAAAACCCGAUCCAGAUCUACUACUGCGGAGAUGAGAAACUGCAUGACCAGGGCAUUUGCGAGGUUACCAACACCCCGUGGAACCACCAUGUCUUCUUCGUCUUUGACCGGCGGGGCGCCGAGCUGCCAAAGCCGCUGCACGUGUCCCCGCUGAUGGAUUUACAGCACCGUUGGCAAAUCCGGGCCUCUGACCCUUCCAGCGAGAUCCUCGAGGUUUCGGUAGAUGUGCUGCCGGGCCUGGAAAGGGGAAGCGAUUCCCCGCCUAUCUUCCGUGCGCAUUUGAGGCUGAAACGCAGCCCCAUGCUACGCGCCCGAGCAGAGCGCGCAGGUUCUUUGCGAAUGCUCUGGGAGUACGGCUUUCAGCCACAACGCACGGCCGUGCGGAUUUACGUCAACGCUAUCAAGCUCCUGAGAGCUUUGGGCUCAACAUGA